AUGGAUAUGCCAUUUCUGAAACUGCUAUCCCAUUUUCUGCUUCUCACCUUCUUGAAUUUCGCUUCUGCUUCUGAAGCAGACAUCCCUGCUUACUAUGGCCACAACUGCACAAGGAAUAAAAACUUCACUUCCAAUAGCCCCUACCAGUUCCACCUUAUCACUCUUUUAAUUUCCUUCUAUUCUAUGGCCGCCGGCACUAACACCACUCCUGAAUUCAACACCACUAGCUUUGGCGGCGCAAACACGAACGACGCCGUAUAUGGAGAGUACAUGUGCCGAGGUGACGUCCCCACUCAGAUCUGUCAAGAUUGCGUUCAGGACGCCACAAAUAGAAUAGCCUCGAUGUGUCCCCACGACAAAGAGGCAAUCAUCUGGUACGACGAGUGCUUCCUCCGCUAUUCCGACCGCUCUUUCUUCUCCACCCUCCAACAACAGCCUGUUCAGCCUGUUCCUAGUGCGCCAAGCGUCAUGUGUCCGUCUAAGGCAUCUUAUUCAUCAUGCUUACCAUCACACAUCCAAAUCGGAAGUGGAACAGAUAAGACAGACAAGGAAUUGAACAAGACAUUGAAUGAUGCGGUGGUGGAGGCAGUGACAUCAGAUACCAAGAAAUUCGCAACAAAAGAAGCAAGCUUGAGUACUGGAGGAUCGGUAUACACUCUUGCAGAGUGCACGCCGGAUCUGUCCCCACAAUUCUGUGGUGAUUGUCUGCAUGGCCUGAUAGAAGAUAUUCUGAAGAAGAAGGACUACCAGAGUGGUGGAUUUCAGAAUCCGAGCUGCAAUUUGAGAUUCGAAAGAUACCGAUUUUAUUAUAAGGGCAACCAGCCUCCCUCCGGUGGUUCUACCUUUCAAGGGCUUGGAAGUCCUACUCUUGCAGAUUCGAACUGCCCGACCACCGAAAGUUUUACUGCCAACGAUCCCUACCUAAACAACCUCAAAAGUCUCACUCUCGAGCUCUCCAUGUCAUCCAAUGACACCAAAAGCAAUGGAUUCCACAGCACCACAGUCGGAAACAAUUCCGACACUACCGUCUACGGCCUCUUCAUGUGUCGGGGUGACGUGCCCCUCGGGCUCUGUCAUGAGUGCGUCAGUAACGGAAUUGAGGAACUGGAUUCUACGUGUCCCUCUUCGAAGGAGGCUAUCAUUUGGUAUGACAUGUGCAUGCUUCGCUACUCCGAUCGCUCUUUCUUCUCUACCCAAGACACACAACCUAUAUAUGCAAAAGCUGGUGAGGAUAUGCUUGGAAACCAAACAGAUGGCUUCAAUAAUUUAUUAGCUGCUACAUUGAGUGAUCUAUUGAAGACGAUAUCAAACUCACCGCCCCCAAGAUUGCCAAAAAUGUCUACAGGAUGCUCAGGAACAUAUGACGUCAUGUUGUCUUGGAAAGCAAGGAGGAAAUGUCAUGAGUCCUAG